GGAAGCGGAGCUGGACUUCACUGAGAGCUGUGGGAGACACCAAGUCACUCAUUCACGCCUGCAGGGACGACACACAGCAAAGAAAGGAUGCGUUGGGUGUGUGCGUUGGGCCUCUUGUCGGCUCUGCUGCAUCUGUCUACCUCCCUGCUGCUGGGAGCCUUCAACAUCCAGAUAUUUGGAGACAAGAAAGCCUCCAAUCCGACUCUCAUGGACAUCAUCGCUACGGUCGUCUGUCGCUAUGAUAUCAUUUUGAUCCAGGAGGUCAGAGACAGCCAUCUGACAGUGACCAACAGACUGAAGGACCUUGUCAACAAAAAGUGUCCUACGUACAACGCCGUUUACAGCGCUCCUCUGGGUACUUACGUGGCGACUAAUGAGAGAUAUGUCUUCCUCUUCAGGGAACCACAGGUGUCCGUGGUGAAAAGCUACCAAUACGAGGGCGCACCCUUCACCCGCCCGCCCUACAUCGUCAAGUUCUCCUCCACACACACCGCUGUGAAGGAGUUUGUUCUGAUCCCCCAGCACACCAAGCCUCAAGAUGCUGUGAAGCAAAUUGAUGCCCUCCGUGACGUGGUGGAUGAUGCCAUCAGCAAAAUGAAAACCCAAAACGUUGUGCUUCUGGGCGACUUCAACGCUGGCUGCACCUACGUGACGGGGGAUGGCUGGAACCGCAUCAGACUCUUCACAGAGAAAAGAUUCCACUGGUUGAUCGACGACACGCAAUUCACUUCAGUGGCGAAAGACUGCCCUUAUGACAGGAUUGUGGUCACCGAUGUGAUGAUCCCCAGAGUGACGCCCAACACUGCUCUGGUCUAUCGCUACGAGCCAAAAAGCUCAGAGAGACACCACCGAUCGCUCUGCUCAGAAGAACUUUCAUGCAAACAAGCAUCUGUGCCUUGUUCACAACAGACCUUCUCCUUCCCCACGACACACAGAAGCAGGAUGCGUUGGGUGUGUGCGUUGGGCCUCUUGUCGGCUCUGCUGCAUCUGUCUACCUCCCUGCUGCUGGGAGCCUUCAACAUCAAGUCAUUUGGAGACAAGAAAGCCUCCAAUGCGACGCUCAUGAACAUCAUCACUACGAUUGUCCAUCGUUAUGACAUCAUCCUGAUCCAGGAGGUCAGAGACAGCGAUCUGUCAGCCACCGAAAAACUCAUGGAGCACGUCAACAAAGGUUCGCCCCAGUUCAGGUACAGACACAUCGUCAGCGAGCCUCUGGGUCGCAGCUCCUAUAAGGAGAGAUAUCUCUUCCUCUACAGGGAGCAGACGGUGUCCGUGGCUAAAAACUACACCUACGACGACGGCUGUGAGCCGUGCGGGACCGACGCCUUCAGCCGGGAGCCCUUCGUCGUCAUGUUCACCUCCAAACAGACCGCUGUGAGGACCUUUGUUCUGAUCCCGCAGCACACGUCCCCAGACUACGCCAUGAGGGAAACCGAUGCCCUCUACGAUGUGGUGGCCGACGUCCGCGCCCGCUGGAACGCCAAUGACAUCGUGCUGCUGGGCGACUUCAACGCAGGCUGCAACUACGUGUCUGGCAGCGACUGGCAGCAGAUCCGCCUGUUCACGGACAAAGGUUUCCACUGGCUGAUCCCCGACGAGGCCGACACGACAGUGUCACACACUAACUGCCCUUAUGACAGGAUUGUGGUCACUGCCGACAUGAUGAGGGGAGUGGUGCCCGGCAGCGCCAAGGUCUACGACUUCAUGGCGGACUUGAAUCUCAGCCACAGUCUGGCGUUGGCUGUCAGCGACCAUUUCCCUGUGCAGGUGGAGCUGAUUGGCCGAACUGCUGCUGCCGCCUGAAUCCCGACUCCCCAAAGUCCUGCAGAAACCUCCAGGCUGAAUCAGUCAUGCCAGAUCAGUGGAGGAGCUUUGAAAUCAACAAGCAUUGAAUUUACGAGACCAAAAUAAACACAUGAUUUCUGCUACUUUA